GCCGCCGGCGGCGGAGGAGGUUGGGGAGGCUGGGGUUUCUCUUCCUUCACCGUUCUCUCAGAUCUCCAGAAGGCCGCCGAAGAAAUCUCUAAGAACGCUGUUGAAGUUGCGAAGAAUGCAGCUAAAAGCAUCACUGAAGCAGCAGAAGAAGAUGCUUCUGCUACUGAUCCAACACAAACGAAACGACGAGAACAAGAAGAAGAAGAAGGGAGCGACGGUGAUGAGAGGAACAAUAAUGAUACCCUUCGCAAUUCUGCGCUUGAUCGGUUGGAGAAAGCAAGCCAAGAUACUCUGCUGGGCCAGGGUCUUAAGGUUAUUGACGAUUCAGUUGAGAGCUUCGCUUCGGGAGCAUGGCUUGCCCUUGGUAGUGCUUUGAAAGGAGGCUCAUCCCUGGUCCAAAAAUUGGAGCAUUCUGCUGCUAACCUUGCUGAUUCCAUCCAGCAUGGUGCCCUCCCUACAAAUGCCACUUCUCUUGCUCCAUCUAUCAUAGAGACUGGUAAGUCUUUCACUACAAAGGGUAUUGAAGCGCUUGAGCGAGUGAGCAAAGAGACAAUGGAACUAUUCAUCUCUGAGACUGGUCUGGGAGUUGAAAAGAAAGAGGGUUUUGGUCGUCAAGCUGAUGAAGAACAGCCUGAGGAAAUUAGCUUUGAUAGAUGCUUUUAUAUUUAUGGAGGUCCUGAACAGCUUGAGGAACUGGAAUCACUGUCGAGCCAUCAUACCCUCUUGUUUAACAGAAGAAAAGCAAAGCUUUUACCCGAACAGAAAUCCUUCUAUGAUGGGAAGCUUAAACAAAUUCAGAAAAUUCUGGAUUUGGGCUCUGAAAUAGAGGAAAAUGGUGGAAACCCAGAUAAAGGAAAAGAUAUAGAGACGGUAGAUACUGUUAGUGGUAUUGAGAUGAAAAAUCUACGUGACUGUAGUGUUAAGAAGGCUGCUGACAUAUCCGCAGGGUUUGCUGCUGUGCUUGGGGGGUUUGCUAUUAAUGAGAUAAUCCAACGAACCACUGGCAGACUCGAUAUGGUUCAUGCAGAGGGGGUUCAUAGACUCUCGGAGCUUUGUAGCUUUGCUUUGUCCCAUCUUUUGAUGCUUGGAAAAUCGAUCAUCUCAAAUGCAAAUAAAUUAAGGAGUGAAGAAACGGGAGAUGAUAUUCUUAAGGUUGACUGGCCUGAGGAUUCUGUUUCCAAAGCUAAAAUCAUCAGAUCUAAGGCCCAAUACAUGUCUGCAGAUGUGGAAUUAGUUGCUAAGAGUUUUGUCACAGGUAUCUCAGAAAUAAUUGAAGCUUAUGAAGCGGCGAUACAAACUGCCUCAGAUUCUGCUGAUGGUCAUCAGGAGAAUAAUAUCAAGGGAAAAGCAACUAUGAUCUCCAAUAAUCUCCGUGCUGACCAAUCCACUGCCCUUGGAAAGAUCCAGGAAGCGCUCCAGUAUCUGGCAUAUGUAGUUAUUUCCACCUCUAUGCCAACUGUAUGAAAUAUGAAGAAAACUUUAAUCGUGUACCCUCCAUAAAAUGUACAUAUUCAUUUUCUUUUCUUCCUACGUCCUAGAAUUCAAAUGAUUCUUUAGAGUUGUGAAUUAUGCAUUGUGGACUAGUUGGAAUAUUGAUAUGGUAUGGAUUGCCAGGUAUUCGAGACUAUGAUACGGGUAGCUGUUCGUAGA